GAAGUUCGAGAUGGAAUUUGUAAUGUCAUUUUCGUGUGUGCUAUUCUUCCAUUGCUGUGUCAUUGAAGAAGCGUUACAUUUUGGAUCCCUUUGUCUGUAGUUGGUGUGUGUGUGUGUGUGAAUAGUUCAGAAGAAAGUUUAGGAAGGGUAUAUGAGGUAGCGCACUUUGGAACACGCCUUGGACCAAUGAAUGGGCAGCCUGCUCUGACGCGGCUGCCGCACGCUACCGGCUGCCCCGCCCCCAGCAUGGAUACAGCAAGCAGUACGCGGCACAUAGGCAUACUGUCACUGUGCCGCUCCGAUAUCUGCUGCCACCAUGGGAGUUUUCACAUCCAGCCAAGAGAAGUUUUCAGACUCGCUAAAACCGGCAAAAUCGCUCUAGUGCAUAGAGUGCGUCCUAUUCGGUGCUCUUGCGGUUUCGUAUUUGCAGAUUUACAAUCAAGAUGUUAUUGUUGCUGAAACGCCGGUAAGAGUUCGCCAGCAUCUACCUCCCCAUCAGCACCACACAAAAGGAGCCUUGGAGUUGAGUCUUUAAACGAGCUGUUCCAACUAUUUUUGCUUUUGAAUGUCAUAAAAUCAGUUGGGUUGUUUUCUUUUUUCGAAAUGGAUCACUUUGCAGCAGAGUGCCUUGUGUCAAUGUCCAGCCGUGCAAUUGUCCACGGUCCUAAAGGGAAUAGAGAGAUCAAACCAGAAACUGUGGCUUCUCCCAGGAACGGAGAAGAGAGCAGGGAGCCUCUGGUGAAAGACAACUCUUCUCUUUUCGUGGUGGCCAGAAUUCUAGCGGAUUUCAAUCAGCAACCCCCUACCAAUUUCGCCGAACAGGCUAAAAUAAGAGAGGAUGAUGAUGAUAGCCUGGCACCAGCCCUGGCCGGCGAGGAUGGAAACGCUGCCACACCUACUGGCAACCCCGUCGACACGCGCAAGGCCAAGCGACUGAGGGCUCGCGCCGAACAAGGAUACAUCCUGAAAAAGCACAAAUGCCACUAUUCAGGUUGCGAAAAAGUUUAUGGCAAAUCGUCCCACCUCAAAGCCCACCUAAGGACGCACACAGGUGAGCGCCCGUUCCCCUGCACCUGGCCGGACUGCACCAAGAAGUUCGCCCGCUCCGACGAGCUGGCGCGCCACUACCGCACGCACACGGGCGAGAAGAAGUUCGGCUGCCCGCUCUGCGACAAGCGCUUCAUGCGCAGCGAUCACCUGAUGAAACACGCGCGCCGCCACUCCAACUUCCAGCCCGCCAUGCUCAAGCGCCACCACCAGGGCGGCGGUAGCGGAGGAGGAGGCGCCGGGGGAGGGAUGGGGAGCGGAGGAGAACGAGGAGGAGGGGGUGGUGCCAGCACGCGUCCCGGCUCUCUCAGCGACUACAGCCGCUCGGACGCGUCCAGCCCCACGCUCAGCCCCACCAUGAGUCCCGCCAGCUCGCCUUAAGACGACAGGAAGAGGAGGAGGAGGAGGAGGAAUAACAGCAAGAAGAAGAUGGAAGAAGAAGAAAAGACGAAGAAGAAAAAAAGACAAAGAAAGGAGAUAUCGAGGAGGAGAAGAAAGAAAGAAAGAAACAAAGAGAGGAAGAAAGAAAGAAGAAAUCCAGCCGCACUUUCCUGCCUGGCAUCACCAGUGCCCCCCCUGUCCCCAGUACCACCCUGCCCCCAUCCCAUCCCAUCCCAUCCCCACCCCUCCUCCCACUCCACUCCACUCCUGUGGAUCCUGGCUGGUUCUCUUUUUUAUCAGUUUAUUUAAAUGUAUUUCUUUUUUUUUGGAGAACUUCUUUUCUUCUUUCUCAAGAUUUUUGUUUUGUUUUUGUACAACUUUUUUCCUAAUCCCCCUUUCUUUCCCCUCUCUCUCUCUCUCUCUCUCUCUCUCUCUCUCUCUCUCUCUCUCUCUCUCUCUCUCUCUCUCUCUCUCUCUCUCUCUCUCUCUCUCUCUCUCUCCCCCAUAGUAAUACAUGUUGCACAUUCAGUAGCCCUGCUUCUUCCCCACUGCUGAUUCCUUGCUUGCUGUGGUGUACUGUAUUGUACAGAACUGCUUGUUGUAGUGCAUUUUUUUUCCGUGUAAACCAGAAAAAAAUAUGACAAACAAUACACCACCAACAUAGAUGCAAAUGAAAAGGACUAGACAAAGAAAAGUGUAGAAGAUUUAAAGACAAAAGAAGAAGAAGAAGAAGUAGAAGAAGAAGAAGAAGAAGAAGGACUCAUGCCUUUCACAGACGCCAAUAUUCUACAUUCUGUACCACGUGUCUGUACCUCUUCAUCUUCAGGACAAGGCUUUCUGUUUCUGUUAUUACUUUUUGUUUGUUUGAACUUUUUUUUU